GGCUGCCGAAGGACUAAGGAAUUGUUUUUUUCCGAAUACAAAUAAAAUACAAAUGGCUUCUUCCACUGAAAGGUUCGCCAACCUUGGCGAAGCCGAAAUUCAAAAUUUACUGCUGGAAGAUAAAGAUUCGUUAAAUACAAAAAGAUCAACAAAAGCUUCUAGAAUAGGUAAGAACACUUUUCCUAAUCACUUGUUUGGCUGAUUAACGCGGGCGAACAAAUGGAUGACCGUUUGUUUUGAAUUUUUUAAAUAAAUAAUAAAACAAUUAUUGAAUUCGGUUUUCUCACAAUAUGAAGAAUUAUCAAGCCCUCAGUUUGCCGUUAUCAACCUCAGUCUUCGGCUUCGGUUGAUAACGGCAAACUUCGGGCUUGAUAAUUCUUCAUAUCGUGUUCAACCUCAUUCAAUAAUUGUUAAAUAGUAUAAAAAUCCUCAUCUUGAUCAACUUUUUCACUGUCAAAGUUUCCGGAUAUGAGGUCAUUAGGUGAAUUUUUGGUACAAAAAACAAAGGAAAACUAAUUUGCAAUUCACCUAAUGACAUCAUAUCCGGAACCUUUGACAGUGAAAAAGUUGAUCAAGAUGGGAUUUUUUAUUAUAAAGAUAUCUUACAUUUCUUUUUCGAAUGACCCAAAUCUUACACAUACAAAAAAUCAUAUUUGGGGUUAGUCGCGCUUUAAAUGAAAACAUAGCUACUAGUUGCUCUAGCGGCGAAAAUACAAUACACACGUGACGUUGAAGCGACCAUUUCUUUCAUAAACCAGAAGAAUUAAAUAUAAAACAUUUUGCGAGUUGAUAUACAGCAACACGAGUGGAAAUUGGGAAAACGAGAAAUUGUGUGGAAACACGACCAUUUCUCUCAUAAACCAGGGGCCGGUUGUAUCAAGCCCGUUUAGCAUAAACGGUGGUUAAGCUCCAAAUAGAAAGCAAGUCUAUAGAUUCAUUCAACAACCAAACUAAAAGUAUUGAACCUUAAUAGAACGAUAAUGUUUACAACUACAUAUUUAGUGCACAAUAUUUAAGUUGACUGAUUCACGAGAGAGAAAAGAGUGUUAUAUAAUUUUGACUUAUCCACCGUUUAAGCUAAACGGGCUUGAUACAACCGGCCCCAGAAGAAUUAAAUAUAAAAUUAUAAAACAUUUUCCGAGUUGAUAUACAGCAACACGAGUGGAAAUUGGGAAAACGAGAAAUUGUGUGGAAACACACGUGACGUUGAAGCGACCAUUUCUCUCAUAAACCAGAAUAAUUAAAUAUUAUACAAAUAAUGAAUGUUUAUGAGUGCAAUGGUAAGAAUAUUUUCAUGAGGUGAAAGAUGGAAUGUUCCAUUCAACGAGGCGACAGCCGAGUUGAAUGGAACAUUCCAUCUUUCACCGAAUGAAAAUAUUCUUACCAUUGCACGAAGAAACAUUCAUUAUUUGUUUUAUAUAAUACCAAAAUAGAAAUAGACUAAUAGAUUCGUAUGAGAAGCAUUUUGAGGGAUGCGAUUUAUCGAAAACACAAAGAGUGCAAUUGUACUAUACGUUUUAUUCCAUUGCACUCGCGGAGAGUGCAAUGGAACGUGUUCCAUUGCACUCUUGGGAAAUGGAAUUUUCUAUUCAAUAUCACGUGACCAUAAACAGCCAAUUAAACGAUUAGAAUUUAAUAAGGUAUUAUAUAAAAAAAUAUAAAACAUUUUCCGAGUUGAUAUACAGCAACACGAGUGGAAAUUGGGAAAACGAGAAAUUGUGUGGAAACACGAUGCCUGAGAGUGGAGGGCGGAGUGUUUUCACACAAUUUCCAGCGAGUUUUCCCAAUUUCCACGAGUGUUGAUACAACUGUAUAUCAAUACGGAAGAAAUGUUUCAUAUUUUUUUAAUAAUAUAGCACAAAGAAAUAUAAAGAAAGAAAUUUUCCCUGUUGACAAUGUAUAUCAACACGGCUCUUAGCCAAUCAGCGUUCAGAAUUUACAAAUGCUGUAUUAUAAAUGCAUAUCAAAGUAUUCAACUGUUCACUCACUAUUUGUGAUUCACUGAUAGCCACAAUAAAACUGUCAUUAAAUCAUUUUUGUACUGGCAUAUUUUGUCUUCUGUGCAAAGCAAAACAGAGACAGGUGCACUUAAUUUAAUUUAAAAGGCAUUACAGUCUCUAAUUUGAGUGAGUCAGUCGUGCGGAAACCGAUUGUUCUCUGAGCAAUUUUUUGCAUAUUCAAAUGACGAUUGAACAGUCGCACACUUCACAUGCAUAUUCUGAUUCUUCCAGUCUGAGCUACAUAUUAAGGCUAUAGUUUUCAUUGAGGAAAAUUAUCUGUGGAUUGGAACGGACAAAUUUUUCUUUGUGUUAAAGUCAUUAGUUCCCGCCAGAGCUGACAGAGCUCACAAGACAAAGAAAAAUUUUCUUGUCCGUUCCAAUCCACGGACAAUUUUCCUGAGUGGAAACUAGCUUUACUAGUCCAAUGUCUAGACCUACCGGUUAUUCUCUUUUGCCCAAUGGCCUCGUUUUCAUGUCAAAUACUUACUCAUGUUUUGUGCCUAGUAGGGUUGAAAUUGAACUUACUUUGUUAUUGAGCCUAAGAACAGCAAGAAACAAAUUGGUCCCGGGAAACAUGGGAAUAUAAUCUUUAUCUGCCCCUGACAUGCUAAAAUAAGUUAGCAUGGAAACGAGGCCAUUGGGAAAAGAGAAUAAUCAGUAAGGUUUAUUGUAGUUUGUUCCCGAGAAUAUAUAUUCACUGCGCGAAAGACUGGGCUGCGUGAACUCUGUGGGAACUUUGUCAGUGCCAAGAAUAGUCGGUUGUCCCGUGGCGCUCGGCAAGAGAUAAUUACAGCAAUGUUUACGUCAUAAAACCUUAAUUAUACUUUGCCAGCGCAUCAGCGUCUUAAUUUCUUCAGAAGGAAAGCUAAACGUCUGACCACCACGUGUAUCUAAGAGGGAAUAUUGGCACACAGGAAUUUCUCUGAUUGAUGGGCUACUUGUUAUUGGUCAAUUACCUAUGCCAAAUCACAAAUUAUGCAAACCUCGAACGAUUUUAAUCGCAGCAAUUUUCCGGUCCAAAACACGUAAGACAAAAUAAUUGCAGAACAGUCAAGCCGACAGCGACGUUCAUUGAAAGGAGUUUCCGUUAUUUGAUUUUGUCAAGUGCUGGCUUGUUUGGUAUUAAAUAACGGUAGGUAAUCUUUCAACAAAUUUUGCCGUAAUUAAACCGAGAACAUGGUAAAACGUAGGAUCCACUGGAAUCUGGCAUUGAUAUCAAUUUUUUUUCUUCUUCACCUUGAAGAUUGUCAUUUCAUAGUAACAUUGUAACAUUUUGGCAUGCAUGCUAUUUUUAUUCACAAACGCAACUGUUUCGAGAUUUUGAGCUCAUCCAUGGUUUCAUUUCCACUUAUGGAAGAUUCUUUGCACAGUUCUCACACAGCUUGAUCGAAGCGUGUCGAUACUCAGACUUAAGGAUGGUUUACACUAUCAAAAUUUCUGUGAUCACAGUAGGAAUUUUGCAUAGGUAAAUUCUAAGUUUUGAAGGAUUUGUAAGAAAUGUUUGAGGAAGCUGACUCGAUGUUUAACAUUAAGUCAGUUUGCUGAAACAUUUCUUACAAAUCCUUCAAAACUUAGAAUUUACUGAUGCAAAAUUCCUACUGUGAUCACAGAAACUUUGAUAGUGUGAACUAGGCCUCUACUUCAUCAGAGGUAUUCCAUGAUUUGUAGUCAAAGAUUGAUUACAUGAAACGAGAUGUUGGGUCACAGAGAGUUUGAUGCUUUAAUGCCUAAUGAUCCGUUAAAAUCAGUCCAUCACCACCUUGAUCGAGCAUCAUCCUGCAUUGUUAUAUUGGCUGAUGUUGAAUCAGAUUUGAUCAGUUCGAUAUUUGCUCUGUUGGUGUAAUGUACUCAGGUGAAUAAGAUGCUUGUGGUGUUACUCUGAGUAGGUCGUAGGUUCGAAUCCCACCGUGGCCAGGCAUAUUUUUCAAGCCUGCCCGGUGUGGAUAUACAGAUUUUAUUUCAUUCAAAAUUUUCAUGGAACAUCGUCCAUCAUUGUUGGACACAAAAUACGAAUUGGAAUAGUUCGUAUAUAUGGUCUUUAAAAUAGUUUUACAUGUUCGUAUUUGACAUAUGGCUACUCAUGUAAAUUUAGUUCAAUGCCAAUGGCUUAUUAUUACACGCCAAAUCAACGUGCUUGUGUGAACAUGCAUUAAACCCACUCUGAGAACCGAUUCUUUGCAUGAUAAAGUCUUUAAUUAAUGCUGGUUUACACUAUCAAAGUUUCUGUGAUCACAGUAGGAAUUUUACAUAGGUAUAAGGGACCGGUCAUAAAGUAAUUGCUAUGGUGGGCUGGAGUGAUUUGGGAUGGGCCAUGGAGAAUCUUUGGGCAGUUGUGAUGGGCCGCCAAUUUUUUUGUAUGUCCAUGGUUGGGCCACCAAACAAAAACCCAUGUCUACUUCAAAAAAUAAAAAUAUUAAUAAUAAAACUAAACAAAACGAUCCAAAUUAUCAAAUGCAAAUCAUGACGCUAUUGAACCAGUACUUUAUUUAUACAACAACAACAACAACAACAACAACAACAAGUGGUCGAAUCACAGCAAACUGGAGAGCAGCUCAGUGCCGUGUAUAUUUAUACAAUGUUCAUACCUGCAUGCAAGUUUUUUUUUAUUAUAAAAGUGUAUUUUCCCAAUUUAGAUUGGGUGGGUCAUGAAAAAUUUUUUGUAAGAUUAGAUGGGCUUUGAAAUUUUUAUCUACAUCCUAAGAUGGGUCACCGAACUUAUUGGCAAAAUUUGUGAUUUACCUCCAGCCCACCCUAGCAGUUACUUUAUGACCAGUCCCUUAUACCUAUACGCAAAAUUCCUAUCACGCUUUAAUAAUUCAUGACAUUAAAUUUUCAGUAAAUCUUCGCAUCAUGUCAUAUGGAUUAUCUUGAAAUGCCUUCUCGUUGAUGCAUCAGCAUGUAAUCAUGUCCCUUUCCCGGUUUUAAAAACUGUAUCAUGCUAAUUUUUGAAUGUUUCAAUACAGCUAUCGUCUUCAUUCACAUAAAGAAGAGAAACUAGCAAAUGGAAACAUUUCCGUUCGUAUUUUAGGUUGCUUCAACAAUACAAAUAGGUUAUAUCAAUAUAAAAGCUUCUUUAUUUAAAGACAAAGUGCUACUAUCUCGCUUAAUUAAACUUUUAAAUUUUUAAUCAGACCAUAUAGUUAACUUAGAAGAUAAGGUUUGCGGAAACUCAUUCGAAUAACAAUAUAAGUUUUAUAACUCAUCACCAACCAAAAGCAAUGUUUUAACCUUUUAGGAAAGUUAUCUAUCCAUGACUUGAUCAAUUAGCAUUUCGCACGAAGGCCAAAAUCAAAAUCCGCCAUUUUGGGGGUACUGUCUGCCCUCGUGAAUGAUUCUAGACAAUUCAAGCAACGUGAAAAGCGAUUUAUAAAAGUUGUAACUGUAAAUUUACCAUUAUACAAACAACUACGAUACUAAAAAGUUGCAUUUCGUGAUGCGGAGACUCUCAAACGCGGGCCGAGGUAGGGGUUAGAGGUUAGGGUUGGGGUUAUGUUUAAGAUUAAGGCAAUGUCUUAAUUUGAACGCUUUUUACAAUUAAGACAUAGCCUUAAUUUUCGGAAGAGAUCGAGUUGAACGGUUGCGUUCGGUUGUCAUGUGAUUACUCCAUUAAGAUUGCAACUUCGUUCGCCCUUAAUCUUCCACUUGAAAUUACAAUAGGCUAAUAAUCCUCGUGCAAACAGAUUUCUUACGCAACUCCAAGUCUGUUUGUGCAAAAGAUGCUUUCAGCUUAGCUAUAGCCUUGCUACGAACGAACUCAUGCAUUUGCUGACAUUACUGCCUUUGGCUUUGACAGAACUUCUAGCCUCAGAUUAGCCCACGUAAUUAAAUUUCAUGUUCGUGUGACAGUGAUGUGACGUUGUAUAUACUACAAUUUAAUUUGCAACAGGGAGGCAAACACAUUCAUUUCAUUAAAGAAUUUUUUUAUUGGGAAAGCUGUCGAAAGGACACAAAAACUCGUAACCGAUAAACAGAACCGCUAGACAAGGCUAAAUAAAAUCAACCCUUAUUUAACCUUCAUUCCUAAGGCCUUAAAACGUGUCAAUAUUAAUACGAAAUAAAAAUCGAAAUUAAAAGGCGAAAAAUACUCUUUUAGGAAAAUGUCAACAGCUACUUUGAAUAAUAUUAGCAGUCUACAGGUGGGAACGCAAUUAUCGGCAAUACAAUGCUGAGUAUUUAAUAAAUAUUGCUACAGCUAUUUUGGCGAUGCAAACUCAGUAAAUACUGCCCGUAGCAACUAAACGUUUUAGUUAGCCGAGUUGCAAGCAUUGUUUGUUCAAUUUCAUGUUAUUUGAAAUAAAUCCACACUUGUUUGACAAACACUGGAUUAUUCUGUUGUCGUUUAGAGCCGUGGAGACGCCAACAUAGCGAGAAGAGAGAACCUAUUCCUUGAGCAAAAGAAAAUUUGCAGAACGGAGAUUGCUCGCUCUGUUGGCAAAAGAAAGAAUUGCUCAGGUUUUCGAUCAAGUAAUGGAAAUCGCAGCCUUUCUUAUCCUAAUCCUCUGUUGCACAGUGAUCUAUGGAAAAGAUCCUGGUAAGAAUCCUUGUGGAAAGGAGUCGAAUGAUAACGGCGAAUGCCCGUUAGCAUUUGAACCAAUUCCCCAGCCAUUUCUUGUAAAAAUCCGUUAUCCGCGCGACAAUAAAUAUGCACAAAACGCUUCAAAAGAUGCCAGCAAAAUGUAUUUACGAGGAAGUGGACUUGGAUUAACUUGGGAGAAAGGACAAAUGAUGAAAAACUCGGCAGAAAAGGACGCUUGGGAAUUUCAACUUGAAUUUGGAAUACCAGGCUACGAAUUGCCAAACGACAAGAAACCGCCCGCGCGCUUCGAAUUCCGUGUAUAUUUGGACGACUCACAAGAUAUGCUUGGCCCAAAUUUUGUCGUAGCUUUACCGCUGUCGACAAAUACACAAAAUACCAGCAAGGUUCCAGAAUUUUGGAGGUACCCGUGGUUUUUUAGUAAGAAAGAGAGUGUUAUUGACCGAUACAUCUAUUCGCCGCAGUUAGAGGGGACACGUCUAAUCCACGUGAUUUUACCGCCGAGUUUUCAAGAGAAUACUUAUAAGCGAUAUGAGACCAUGAUGGUCAAUGAUGGACAGCGAUUAGACAAGAUAGUCCCGCAGUUAUCCAUUCUGAUGGUCCAACGUGCUUUAAUAAAGGAGGUUGUGGUCGUUGGAAUUACUAAUAGUUAUGUAAAUCGCACUCAGUUACUUGCGGUGAGUAACGGAUCUGACAUAAAAUGCAUUAAUGGCAAUAAUAUGGCAGACUGCAACGGUUGUGUGCGAUGUAAUUCAUCAACAUGCAGCUAUGAAUCGCAUAUUGACGACUACCAACGAUGCUACAAAUGGGUUCGAAUUCCAAAGGUCUACGGGCAACUGUAUUUGGACUUCAUCCAAGAUACCGUUAUCCCCGAAUGCAAGUCGAAAUAUCGGGCACUCGCAGGCCCCCAAAACUUUGGCAUCAUGGGAUUCUCCCUGGGGGGUCUCAUUUCGUGCAACGCCAUCUGGACGCGCCCGCAAACAUUUGGAUCAGCGGCUUGCAUGUCGCCAUCGCUCUGGUGGCCAUUUCCUGUGAACGCGACGUUCCCCGACGAUGCUGGUUACGAGUUUACGCGAGACACGCUGAUGAAAUACAGAGGCGCAAGGCCGAGGCAAAAAAUUUACAUCGACGUAGGAGGAAACGAAGGCUACAUAAUGACCAGUCCAGCUAGGAAUGCUUCGAUGAUCCUUGCAGGUACGCCAUAUUUUGAAAUGAAUAAAAAUCUCUGGUUUUAUAUUUGGGAGGGAGAGUACCACGUGUUUAUGAAGGCUGUACAACGACUGUGGAUACCGCUGAUAGCAUUUUAUGGCACCGAAGGCUCGCCCCAGGGUGAAAUAAUCAAGAAAGUAAUCGAGGAAAAUAAAACUAACAGAGCGACGAAAGACAGUUUCGUAUUCCUCACUUUAUUUUGGAUGUGUUUAAUAGCACAUAUUGGUUCAAUAACUCCGUAGAUAAUCAUGGUAAUUAUAACCUUACACUAUGAAAAAUAAAAUGUGAAAUCUCUUUGGCGACAAGUGCCUGUAGACAAAAAUUAACCAGACAGUUUCGUUCUUAUCAAACUCUUAGCUUUAGAUAACUCGUAUGCCUGGUUACUAUUCUUCUAGUAUACGAAAAUACGCAAAAACAAUUGUUAAUUUAAAUGGUAAUAAGCUGAUGACUUAUUUGAUAAAACAAUAGACAAUAAGAUGGACGUUUUGCGCAGCAAUAUUAGGGAGCUUAAGAUCUACAACGCGAAUUUGUGACGCGGACGUGCUUACCGAAGCCUAGUUUUUGCGUGUAAGCCUAGUCAGAGUUGUCAGAGUUUAUUUCUUUGAGAUUUGUGACACUGUGAUGACACGUUAACAGCCAUAUGAAAUGAUAGAAACCAGGCUUUAUAGACUAUUGUUACGAAUGCACAUUUUCCCGCCAAAACUACCAUCCGAGACGACGUGAUAUUUGCAAAGAUUCGUCGUCAUAGAAGUCGUAAAAACUUAUGAUAAAAAAUAUCUUCUUAAUAUAUUGCUAGCCUCUGUUAUGUUGUACAUUUUUUCCAGUAUAAUUUCAUUUUAUUUACUGUGAUACAAAUAUUUUAAUGGUAUUUGCCAUCGUUUUAAAAUAAAACUUGUUUAAUGCGACGUCCGCGUCGUAAGUUCGCGUUGUAGAUCUUAAGCUCGCUAUUUUCCUUGUAAUACAUAUAUCAUAAUUAAAAUAAACAAAUAGAACUGGGGGAUGUCAUUCAAUUUGCUUGCUCGAAUUAGUUGUCACUAUUUUUGAAGACUGUCCUGUAACGCUUUACUGAAAUUCACCAAUUAUUUCAGUAAUGUAUAGACAUCAC